AUGGUCCUGAUCGAGCAAGUCGUUCUGGUUGCUUCCAUCUUGAUCACUUUCGGUACUUGUCUUGCCGCAACCAAGUACGCCGCUAGGCUUUUCCCCCACUUCGAACCGCUUCAAUUCUACGACGAGGCAACCAACCCAAUGGAGCUCAACAUUGUUCUCGCUUUUGUGGUGGGCCUGAUCGGCUCAGUGGUAGUUUUGCUCUACUUUGACUCGCAGAAGAUCAAGCCCGUGCUCAACCCCACCCAAUGGCAGCAGUAUCGUCUCAUGGAGAAGCAGAAGCUCUCCGACAACACUGCCCUCUACCGCUUCAAGCUUCCCCGUUCGAACAACAUCCUCGGCCUGCCCAUCGGACAGCACAUUUCCGUACAGGCGAACAUGGGCGGCAAGACCGUUGUUCGUUCGUACACGCCCACUUCCUCGGACGAUGACCAUGGAUUCUUUGAUCUCGUUGUCAAGUCGUACGAGCAGGGCAAUGUGUCCAAGUACAUUGGCUCCAUGAAGAUCGGCGAUCUCCUCUCGGUCAAGGGCCCCAAAGGUCAGAUGCGUUACGCUCCCGGUCUCUCGCGCCACAUUGGCAUGAUCGCCGGUGGUACCGGUCUCACCCCUUGCUUGCAGAUCAUCCGUGCCGCCCUCAAGAACCCCGCCGACAAGACUCAGAUUGACUUUAUCUACGCUAACGUCAAGGAGACUGACAUCUUGCUCAAGGACGAACUCGAUGAGCUGGCCCUUAAGCACAAGGACCAGUUCCGCAUCUCCUACUUCCUCAAUGAGGCCCCUGAAGGCUGGAAGGGCGGCGUUGGCUUCGUCACCAAGGAGGCUUUGGAGAAAAACCUGCCUAAACCCGCAAAUGACAUCAAGGUCCUCAUGUGUGGUCCGCCGCCCAUGAUCAAGGCCAUGACCGGACACCUCGAGGCUCUUGGAUACGAAAAGCCUCGCACCGUCAGCAAGCUCGAGGAUCAGGUCUUCUGCUUCUAA